AUGGAUCCAAGUACGAAUCUGGACAAUACGAUGUGCCCAACCACGUGGGAUGAAAUUCUAGAGAAGGAGGUUCCGUACAAGGAAGCUGUUGGUUGCCUGACAUAUUUGGCUCAAGGAACGAGGCCGGAUAUUAGUUUCGCCGUGAACCAGGUCAGCCAAUUCUGCAGUAACCCUGGUCGCCCACACUGGGAAGCUGUGAAAAAGCUAUUCAAGUAUCUGAAGGAAACCGUUUCCAACUUAUCGAAGACAGCCGAACAGGAUCUAGUUGGAUGUUCGGAUGCGGAUUAUGGAGGAGAUCCUGAUAGCCGAAAAUCGACAACUGGCAAUGUUUUCACCAUGAUGGGAGGAGCUGUGUCAUGGAAAGUGAAGCGGCAAGCAACUGUUGCGUUGUCUUAA